UGGAAACGCCGGCAUUUAUAUAAAAAAUAAGUGUGCGUUUUUCUGCUGGGUUUCUCGCGAUACGAACAGUCGCGAUUGAGACGCGGUAUAGACUAGUGGAUUUAGCGAUUUAGAUUGCAACUGUCCUUUUCAAUUGACGAUUCUCAGAAUGUGGAUGAAACUAUCCUAACUGUCCGAUUCAAGUUGCAAGGAAAGUUGAAAAGGCCGGAAUAGAGUUGUGCGCCCGCGCGUGCACGCGAUAAGCGUGGUCACUUUCACGUUAUUUUUUGCGCUAAUCGCGAGUCGCCGCUGCCGUUCAGCCACGUCAAAAUUGAGUAUUCGUCGCCGUUGGGUCCGGGCAACGUCUACAUAAUUCCGUUUUGGACGGAUCGGGGCGCAGUGGUGAGCAGAAAAAUGUGAAGAAUGCACAACAGCGACUGGCUACGUCGUUGCAUCGAAGCCAUCUGACAAGAAAGAUAGCAGUGCUAUUUUUAUUUCAGUUUUUAACCUGCGCCCGAGUCUAGCUCCUGAAAAUGUCAUUCGAAGGGAAAUACAACGCUAAAAGCCCCGCGGUGAAAAGGUUAAUGAGGGAAGCACAAGAACUCCAUGAGGCGACAGAAGAAUACUGUGCUUCACCUUUGGAGGAUAAUCUUUUCGAAUGGCAUUUCACAGUUCAAGGACCACCCUCUACAGAUUUUGAAGGUGGAGUGUAUCACGGCAGAAUCUUGUUGCCACCUGAAUAUCCAAUGAAACCACCAAAUAUUAUAUUAUUAACACCAAAUGGCCGUUUUGAAAUUAACAAGAAGAUCUGUCUCAGUAUUUCUGGACAUCACCCAGAAACAUGGCAGCCCUCUUGGAGUAUCAGAACAGCUCUGUUGGCUUUGAUUGCUUUUAUGCCAACACCAGGAAAUGGGACAAUCGGUUCUUUAGAUUAUAGUAAAGAAGAAAGACAGAAGCUAGCAAAAAAGUCACUAAACUGGCAAUGUGAGACUUGUGGAAAGGUGGUGAAUUUAUUGUCAAAAACUAAAGUGAAAAAGCCCAUCACCGAAGAAGAACAGACAAUGUUAGAUACAAUUGCAUUAAAGGCUGAUGAUUCACCCACAUCAGAUACAAGUUUCAUGACCACCACAGGUAGUACUUCAGAAAACGAACUAAGGCAACGCAACGUCGAAUCGACUUCUACCGAGAAUCAAGAACGGCAACAAUCGGAGGUCAUAGUAAAUCAACAAGUAGAAACUAUGUCAUCGUCUAAUGAUUUGUUUUGGAGCAUUCUGAUUGCUUCUCUAGUGUCAGCGAUAAUUCUACUUGUUCUGCGGCGACUAUUUCUUGUUUAAAUUAUUCUAAAUGUAACAAACGUUAUACUUGUAAGUAUGUUAACGAAACGAAGUAAAUUUUAUAUACAUUUUAUGGAUAGCAUUUUUAAACUUAGGAACAUGUGACAGAUUUAUACAUGCUAGAGAUAAUCUGGUUCCCAUAAAAACACCGUAUAUAUGGCAGAGAUAUGACUGCACCGAUAUAUCCAUCUUAGUACAUAUCUACUUGAUUGCUACAAAAGAACUUAAAAGAAACUAAAAAUCACGUUGGUUUUGCUAGACAUUAAGCUCCACAAAGCCUCUAAAUCUUAGUUACGACGAUACGUUCUUUCAUUGGCUGUAUUUACUAGUCUUCAAGAUUUCUUUUAGUAUUUGAAUAAAUGAUAAUGUAUUCCUGCAAUAUUGAUCCUUAGUAUGUAAACGAAAACAAUUUUGCAUUUAUACGUACAUAUACUUGAAUUGUGUUCUAACACUUUUAUAAUACUCUACAAAUCGUUACAUAAAAACAAUUAUGCUAUGUUUGUAAAAAAAUUUAGCAAAUAUAUUUAAAUUAAUCUAUUUUAUAAAAAAGCUGAAGAUUUUGCCAAAAUAUACUUUAAUCCUAUAUUGCUAUGAUUUCCGAUUAGAGUUACAUGUUUUUCUUUUGCUUUUAUUGUUUAUAUAAAUGUAGAUAAUUCGAAUGUUAAGCGAACUGUAUAUAACUUAUAAAAAUUUAAGAUAAGUUACACAAAUUAUUAUGUUGUACUUCGCAAAAAUGUGCACAUGAAAAGUAAAAAAAAUACAUGAGUUGAAAAAAUAUGUGUAUUUAUAGUGUGUACAAAUAUGAUACCGGUAACUCUAUUAUUUCAAUAUCAACGUUAUGGGACCAUAUGGAGCAGUAACUUACCUUGCUUGCAUUAUUUUAUCCUUUUUCUUCUUCUUUUUCGGUUAACACGUAGUUAAAUCUGAAAUGAUUUCUAUCUUUUGUCAUUCUUGAAUUGAUAACUCGUUCAUUAAAUUUAAUUCUGAAGUCUGUGUAUAGAUGUAAAAUAUUUUACGGAUUCGGAAAUCCUUUUUUCAACACAGAUAUAAAUGGUAAAUAAAGAUCACGACAUUUAUUAUCACGAUUGUACACAAAAAUUGUAGCUAAAUA